AAGUGAUCCUCAAGUAGAAUAUAUUUUGGGACACUACAUUUGUAAUAGUCAAAUGAGAAACGUGAAAAAGUGCAUGUAUGAACACUCUUUGGCCGCAAAGUCUCCCACCACACAACCUCGACAUCUAGAAGCGGUUGAAGAAGUGAAUCCACACACGCAUAUACAACGUACUAUAAAUAAGACCGUAGGUUGUCACUCAUUAACAAAGCUCAACUUCUUUUAAUUUCUUUCCUUUUUCUUGAUCACCAUAUACAUAUACGGAGUAUAUUUUUCAAUUAAGAUUCGAAAAUUUGGGUAAUAUGGGCAAGUGUACAAUGAUGUUGUCUCUACUAGCCUUGCUUACAAUCAUGGGAAGACCUCCCAUGGCUAUGGCUGCGGCUAGAAAAGCCAAUAUGGUCACAGUUCUGAGUGUGGACGGGGGAGGAAUAAGGGGGAUAAUUCCAGGUAUCCUUCUGGCGUUUCUGGAGUCCAGGCUUCAGGAAUUGGACGGACCAAACGCAAGAAUCGCGGACUACUUCGAUGUGGUGGCCGGAACGAGCACAGGAGGAUUAGUCACCACCAUGCUUACUGCUCCCAACAAGGAUAAGAGACCCCUCUUUGAAGCAAAGAAUAUCACCUCCUUUUACAAGGAACACGGCCCGAAAAUAUUCUCUACAACCAGCUCGAAUGUAUCAACGGGGCCGAAAUAUGACGGGAAGUACCUGAGAUCAAUGGUUAAAGAUAUGCUGGGAAGCACAAGAAUGAACCAAACAUUAACUUGUUCCAUCAUACCAACAUUUGAUAUCAAGCGCCUUCAGCCCAUUAUUUUCACAACUUCUGAGAUCCGCCACUGCCCGAAGACCCCACACACCGACCCGACAGGGCAUGUGGGAGGAGGUAAAUCACGGUAACUCAGUCAGCGAAGUGGCAGUAGGCUCAUAUACCCAUGCGCGCCAGAGGCCCAACUCAUUUCAGAGGUUGUAACCUCCACACGGUCGCUACGGGAUUCGGACCUUGGUCGCUUGAUCCAAAUUUCCCAUCACUCAACCAACUGAGCUACCCGUGCGAUGCUUUUUUCUAGGGAGUAUAUAUUUUUGGAGUGCUUUCUCUCUAUAGUCUAGGGAGUAUAUAUUUUUGGAACUCAAAUUGUGUUUUCUACAUUUAUUAAACUUAAUACAAAAAAAAUGAUAUGUGCAGGCUAAAGCAAAUCCUACCAAGAAUGCACUACUUUCAGAUGUUUGUAUAAGUACCUCGGCAGCACCGACCUUUUUCCCGCCUUACUAUUUUGAGACUAGAGAUGUUGGUGGUGGUGUGAAUAGCUUCAAUCUCGUUGAUGGAGGAAUUGCUGCUGGUAAUCCGACUAUGAUGGCAAUCACCCAUAUCUCAAAGGAAAUCUUGAAGGAGAAAUUUCAGUUUCAAGACAUGCAGAAAAUUAACACAACGAGACUGCUGGUUUUGUCAUUGGGGACGGGGGGUAGCAAGGAAUGAAGAGAAAUACAAUGCUACCAUGGCCUCCACAUGGGACUCUCUGUCUUGGGUGAUCAACAUCAUGAAUGGUCAAACUCCAUUAAUAGAUAUGUAUGGGGCUGCUAGUGCGGAUAUGGUAGACAUCCAUGUUUCCACCUUGUUUCAGUCCCUCCGCAAUGAGAAAAACUAUCUUAGGAUUCAGGAUGAUAUGCUUACGGGGACAACAUCAUCGUCUGAUGAUGCGUCUGUGAAAAACAUGGGCCUGCUUGAACAGAUUGGCAAUGGUCUCUUGAAGAAGUCAGUUUCGAGGCUGAAUUUGGAUAGUGGAAGAUUUGAAGCGGUUCAAGGAGAAGGCACAAAUGAAGAAGCUCUCACCCGCUUUGCUAAGUUGCUUUCACAUGAGAGGAAGUUUAGAACAAACUGAAAACAUAAACCAAUUUUCCAAAUUGCACAACACAGCUCAUGGUUGUGUCUUUAAUUAGCAUAACAGCUCUUGCUCUCUAUAUUUUGUUUUCUAAGAAUUGAAAAAUGUGUGAAGAAAAAUCAAAGUAUUAAUUGUACUCGGUAUCAAAUAAGUGAUUCAAAUAUUACUCCAAACCAAUUCCCUUUCCAAAUGUAUAUCCUUUUAAUUUACAAAACGGUACUUCGUGCACACGCAAAACUCGUACAUGCUUG